CAUUUAUAUUCGAAUACUUCACGAUUCUGUUUCAAUUUCAAAAACCUAAAGAGAGAGCAAUUAACAGAUUAGGGUUUAAUCAAAAUGACAACAAAGGGAACGAAAAGGAUCGAAUGCGUCGAUUCUCGUGCUGCUUCCGUUCUUAUUCGUGCCAGCGAUGGCAGUGCUUUCGCUAAAUGUGGUGAGUGCAAGAAAGAUGUUCCUAUGGCACUCAUUGACAUGCACGAUUGUAGCCUUGAAGCCAAAAUCAAAAUGAAUCUUAAUGCUCAAGUUAUUGAGCAAGCUGCUCAAGCGAAGAAACCUGAGAGGAAGAAGCCGAAAUCGACAGAACCAAGUGCUAAAAGGGCUAAGACUGGGAAAGGGAAAAAGGUUAAGGAUCCUAACGCGCCCAAGCGUCCUCCGACUGCUUUCUUUGUUUUCAUGGAUGAUUUUAGAAAAGAAUUUAAGGAAGCUAAUCCUGAUUCAAAGGAUGUUAAAAGGGUUGGUAAAGAGGCUGGUGAGAAGUGGAGGUCUUUGACUGAUGAAGAGAAGAAGCCUUAUUUGGAUAGAGUUAUUGAACUGAAGGCAGAAUAUGAGAAGGCUAUGGAAAUCUAUAAUGCUACUAAAAAGGAAGAUCAAGAUCAAGAAGAGGGGUCUGAUAAGGAAGCCCCAGCAGCAGAAGAGGUGGAAGAGUUAACAGACGAGGAGUAGUGAUGACUUUUUGUUUCUCUUCAAGUCUGAUUACUAGGUUUUGGUCAUUUGACUUAGUCUAGUUGUAUAUUUUGGAAUGUUUUAAGUUCUGGUGUUGAUGUUUAUGAUGUGAUUUUGAAGUUUCUGUGCAACAUCUUAUUGCACUGUAGUCUUAAAAUGUUACCAAUGCUAGUUACAUUAUUUUCUACCA